AUGAACAAUGAAUACCGCGACGACCCGUCCUUCAAGCCGUGGGGCCCUCUUAUCUCACCCUCCUAUGUGAACGAACCCAUAACGAGAGCGGAUAUCGUCGUCGCAUCUACAGUAUUUGCGUUGACUCUCAUCAACGUUGCCAUCGGGGUAUGGCUUGCCUGGGGACAAUCGAGGGUUUCGCGCAACCCGCUGCGAAGCGUGUACGUGUGGAUGAUAUGGCUGGAGCUGGGCAUCUCCCUUGUAAUGGGUAUUGAGUGCUUCUUGCAUUUGCAGAAGAUCAUCAGGCCUAGUUUUGCGUUCUACUUCACCAUUCUCUUCUGGUGGUGUAUUCAAGUUCAGUUGUUGCUGCAGAUCAUCAUCAACAGAAUUCGAGUCAUUAUACCUGAUCGCAGGCACUCGAGAAACAUCAUGAUCGCUACUGCUGUGUUCGUCACUGCGAUCAAUAUCAGUGUGUUCAAUAUCUGGAUACCGGCACGCCUCCAGAUCAACCACAAGUACCAUGUCAUCAACGAAUAUUGGGAUCGUAUCGAGAAGUGCCUGUACUUGAUCGUCGACGCUGCGCUAAACUGGUACUUCCUGAAGACUGUCAAGGCCAACCUCAUCAGCAAUGGUCUUACCAAGUACAACCGACUUGUUCGCUUCAAUCAGAGAAUCGUUGUCGUCUCCCUCCUUAUGGACGUUAUGAUCAUUGGAGCUAUGUCGAUACCCAACUCUUUUGUUUACAUCCAGUUCCACCCCCUCGCCUACCUCGUAAAGCUAAACAUCGAAAUGGUCAUGGCCAACCUGAUCAAACGCAUUGCCAUCUCCGCAUCUCGCAAGCCUGGCAACGCAUCACUUGCCAAUGACUUCAGAUCUUCCAACCUCUCAACCUCCGGAGCCAAGUCUGGCGGAACCGGCGCCCCGAAAAGAUCACGUCGCGAAUCCAAUCACGAGCUUGCCAGUGUCUUCUCGUACAAAGGCGACAUCUCACACUACACGGCUGAAGACCGUGUUGUCAGCUUUGCCCCUACCGGCAAUGAGAUCAAGAAAACACAUGAAGUCGUCAUCAGCAGCGAGCCAAAUCCUUUUUUUGAGGGAGGGAGGAGAGAGUCGAAUAUUGAAAUUACAGGGGGCUAUGGCUCGAAGAAAUCGGGCGUCAAUGUUGACGAAAGGAGAGCCGCCAGGAAAGGCAGCUUGGAGAGCGUCACGGAAGGGAGUGAGAGCUUGAAAGGCGGGUUAGAGACCCCGAAGCGGGACCCGAGUGAAUAUAGUGAUGAUGAGGCUGCGCUCGUUGGGCGGCGGAAUCAAGGCUGGUAG